GGCCUCGGGCCAAGCCCGAGGUUUGUAGGUCCCCAUCUCUUGAAGAGUUUGGUCCACACCUUCCACCCUUCACUCACCCUCCAGCCCUGCCAGGAAGAUGGGGGCUGGAGCCAGUGCUGAGGAGAAACAUUCAAGGGAAUUGGAAAAGAAACUGAAGGAAGAUGCUGAGAAAGAUGCUCGGACAGUGAAGCUGCUUCUGCUGGGGGCUGGUGAAUCUGGAAAAAGCACCAUCGUUAAGCAGAUGAAAAUUAUCCAUCAAGAUGGUUACUCCCUGGAGGAGUGCCUAGAGUUUAUUGCCAUCAUUUAUGGCAACACCCUACAGUCCAUUCUGGCCAUUGUCCGAGCCAUGACAACCCUCAACAUCCAGUACGGAGACUCAGCCAGACAAGAUGAUGCAAGGAAGCUAAUGCAUAUGGCAGACACUAUCGAGGAGGGCACAAUGCCCAAGGAGAUGUCCGACAUCAUUCAACGACUGUGGAAGGACUCGGGCAUCCAAGCCUGCUUUGACCGAGCCUCUGAAUACCAGCUAAAUGACUCUGCGGGAUACUACCUCUCAGACCUGGAGCGGCUGGUGACCCCUGGUUACGUGCCCACAGAGCAGGACGUGCUGAGGUCCCGAGUCAAGACAACAGGUAUCAUUGAGACCCAGUUCUCCUUCAAGGACCUCCACUUCAGAAUGUUUGAUGUGGGUGGCCAACGCUCAGAGAGGAAAAAAUGGAUCCACUGCUUCGAAGGUGUCACCUGCAUCAUCUUCAUUGCGGCUCUCAGCGCCUAUGACAUGGUGUUGGUGGAAGAUGAUGAAGUGAACCGGAUGCACGAGAGUCUCCACCUGUUCAACAGCAUCUGUAACCACCGUUACUUUGCCACGACCUCCAUUGUCUUGUUCCUUAACAAAAAGGACGUUUUCACAGAGAAGAUUAAGAAGGCCCCCCUCAACAUCUGCUUUCCUGACUAUGACGGCCCCAACACCUACGACGAUGCAGGGAACUACAUUAAGAUACAGUUCCUGGAGCUGAACAUGCGGCGGGAUGUGAAGGAGAUCUACUCGCACAUGACGUGCGCCACAGAUACCCAGAACGUCAAAUUUGUCUUCGAUGCCGUCACUGACAUCAUCAUCAAGGAGAACCUGAAGGACUGCGGUCUCUUCUGAGCCGACUGCCUCGCCUUUGGAAGUGUCCUGCAGCGCUCCUUCAUCCAUUCAUUCCAUCAGGAUUGUGCACAGAGAGCCUACUGUGUGCAGAGCACUGUGCUAGGGGAGCUAUAGAUAAGCCAGAAUUGUGGUCUCAGCUAGGCUGUCUAGGAAUCCGCACUUCCCAUGUCCAUAGCUCUAAGAUUUCAGUCUGAGUUGCAUAAAGCACUUUGCUCACACCAGCUCUGGGGGUAGGUGGGAGUAGGUAGCGAAUUUAUGAUCAUCUGCAUUUUACAUUCGAAGAAACCGAAUUCAAGAGACUUGCAGGAGUCACCCAGCUAGUACAUAUGAGGCAGGAUUCAAUUCCAGUUCUCCUGACCCCAAGUCUGCUCUGCCCCAUAGGUAACCCUCUGACUUGAUGUCUUAUUUUCCUCCCAUUUUCUUUUCCAUCCCUCUCAUUUAUUCCCCAAGGAUUGGGAACCCCAGGGGCUCCAUCUUUCAGUCCCCAAGUCUUCUCCAGUUCGACCAGGUACCAGGCUUCUAGAUUAUUCUGGAGCUAGGUCUCCCUAAGGACAGCCUUUCAGGAGGCGGAUAGUGUCAUUCAAAGAAUAGUGAGAAAUAAGAGCUGAAAUGGGAUUGAGGGACUGGGGAGCCCCUCCUGCAGUCAACUGGUCCAUUAAGGCAGACAAGUUCCUAUAGCCACUGUCCAAGGGCUUUAGACCCCAGAAAAGGCCCAUCAAGGCCCUUCUCCCCCCCCCCCAAACUCCCAGCUCUAGGGAACUACCUCUAACUGCCUCCUCAGACCCAAGCCCCACCUUUCCUUUCUCCCAGUCACACAGCAUAACUCAGGCUCCCAGCUGAGUCUCCCUCAAGCCAGCCAGCCCAGGGACAAGAUUGGGGGGAGGAUAUGCUGGUUUCCCUCCCCCCCAGCCCUGCCCUUCACGGCUCUGCUCUCACAGUCCCCUGAGCCCCACAUAGGCCGGCCCUAGCCAGGCUGCUGGUUGGAAUGAAGCAGAGUGACUCAACUUUGUCCACAGCCUCUACCCUACAGGUUAAGAGAAAGACCCUUGUGCUGGGGGAAGGGAGAGGGUGAGGAAAACUGGUUCUUUCCCUCCAGGAUCCCCAAGGCCAUGACUGUGCCACCCUCCCCUUAGGACCAAUAGCCCUUCAAAUCUGGCCUCCACCUAGGGCCAACUCUGAAGGGGAGGGCACUCAGCUUCCUCUCCCCAGCCUCCCAAAGGAACAUAAGCUGCCCCACCCCUUUCCCACCCCACUCUGUCACCUCCAUGUGAGAGAACUAGCACCUGGUAUGCCCAGGCCUGGCAGGGGGCAUUGACCAGCUCCAAAGCCUUCACUCACCAGGGAAUUUCCGGUAACCCAAACACAAACUAACUUAGAAAGGCUUCAUCCCCCAGCUCCUGAAAGAAGGGCAUCCUGGGGGAGGAGGCAUGAGAUCUUUGGGACUCUCUAGUUCAAACUAAACCCCGCUUUCUGUCUCUACUUCAGGGGCAUGGGAGUCAGAAAUAAGAAGUUUAAGGGGAUCCCUCCUUUCUGGACCACUCUUUAGGGUUCAGUUAAAGUGGUCAAGAGAGUUCCCAAGAGGGAUAGGUGCAGCUACUGAGUCGGAGCUACUUUCCUUUUUAGGACCCCCCUGUUCUUCCCAACUGGCCUCUACCCCCUCAAAGCCCUCACUUCAAGGCCCCCUCAGGAGUUCAGCUUGUUCCAGUAGAGCUAUCAUGGGGACAUCAGAUAGGCGCCAGUGCAGGGGUGAAGGACCAGAAAAGGAGUAGGAGGAUGGGUUAGUGUUGACAAUCCCUGGGACCAAAGCCCUGUGAUAGAAGGCCUGGCCAAUGGCCGCUGGGCCCUGAGGGGCGGGCUGGGGCAGAGUACUGGCUUUCCAUCGAUCCAUUCAGAUCUGGGAACAAGAGCCUCGAGUUCCACACACAUUAAGUGUUAGGACGUUCUGCUACUAGAGUAGAGAAAGGAGGGAAGUGAGUUCCCUACUCCAAUAGAGCCUAAGUAACUAAUCUCCCAGUCUCACAGCUGUCCCCUCUCCUUCUAGACUAAUCUUUAUCCUGGAAAACCCAAAUCUAGUGCUGCAAGACUGGAACCCCAGCUCCUCUACUGUCCCUUCAGUCCCCUGUCAGUCCAUCCCCAGGUUUGUAUUGAGCCCAGCUCAGCAGACCUAAGAAACAGGAGAUGUCGAGGGGAGCUCCCUACACAGAGCACCUCUUGUAGGGUGGGGAAACAGGUAGAGGAAUCUACAGUUAGAAACCCAAAUAAGAUGGAAGCAGAGACUAAACCAUUCCUUCUCAGCAAUCAACAAUAAAUAGU